AUGUCAACAACCACAACUGUGACAGAGCCUUCGCUCUUGGAGGACACUUCUCUCGAGGAGAUCCCAAAGAUCCACUCAAAGCUGGUAUCGACUUUCCGCUCCAACAAAACACUUCCGCUCGAGUUCCGGCUCGAUCAGAUCCGCAAGCUGUACUAUGGUAUUCUCGACAACAAGGCCACACUGCUCGAUGCCGUCUAUCAGGAUUUCCAUAAACCGCCGCAGGAGACGUUUAUCGCUGAACUGUCGAUGGCGUUGAAUGAGUGUGUGGACUUUGUGGAUAACCUGACGAGCUGGGCGAAACCGAAACAGCUGAGCACAUCUCUGACCUGGAAAGCGAUGAGACCUUCCGUCCGAUACAAUCCGAUGGGUACAGUGCUUAUCGUCGUGCCGUUUAAUUACCCGCUUCAGCUUGCGCUGGUGCCGCUGAUCGGCGCACUCGCCGCCGGCAACACCGUCCUGCUCAAACUGUCGGAACUGACUCCGCACACCUCGUCGGCUCUCGCACGACUCGUCCGCACACACCUCGACAACUCCGUCGUCGACAUCGUCCUAGGCGCGCUGCCGCAGUCGCGCGCCGUGACCCAGCUCAAGUACGACCUCGUCUUCUUCACCGGCAGCAGCCGCGUCGGCGCUAUGGUUGCCGAGGAGGCGGGCAGGAGAUUAACCCCGGUGGUGCUUGAGCUUGGCGGGAAGAGUCCGACGUUUGUGCUCGACGAGCAUAAUCUUGCGCUGGUCGCCAAGCGGAUCGUCUACGGCCGGUUCAUCAACGGCGGACAGACCUGUAUCGCGCCGGAUUAUCUGCUGGUCAAGCGCGGGAUCGAGAAAAAGCUCGUACCGGAGAUUAAGAAGCAGCUGGCCGUGCUCUUUGGCGAGGUUAUUUCCAAGGACUCUAAGGAUUACGCGCAUAUUGUUUCCGACGGCGCGUAUAAGCGCAUAAAGACGCUGAUCGACGAGACAAAGGGCGAGGUCGUCAUCGGCGGGACGAAGACUGCCGAUGUGGAAUCGCGCUUCAUCGAGCCGACGGUCGUGCUCAACCCGCCGGUGGACGACUCGACUAUGGUCGACGAGAUUUUCGGACCGGUGUUGCCUAUCGUCUUGAUUGACUCGGUCGAGCAAGGAAUCGACUACGUUCGGGACAAUCAUAGCCACCCUCUCGCGCUCUACGUGUUUUCCCAAGAUCGCGCGGAGAUCGAGAAGAUUCAUCAGCAGGUGUCGGCCGGAAGCGGGAUGGUUAACGGUACUCUGAUCCAUGUGGGAGACUCCUCGGUUCCGUUUGGAGGAGUAGGACAGUCCGGGAUAGGUGCCUACCAUGGAAAGAACUCGUUUGAGACGUUUUCUCAUAAAUAUGCUUUUAUGACUGAGCCAUUCUGGACCGAAUUCGCCACAGCUAUCCGGUACCCACCAUACACCUGGAAACGCAUCAGUCUAUUCGAGAAAGGCAUGACCAAGACCGCCGCGUUCCCACGCGAGGGUCCAAUUCCGACGACCUUUGUCGGCCGUCUAUUUUUCAGACUGGGAUCGCUGUUCCGCGGUGGCAAGGCAAAGCUGUGA